AGAACCGACAAAGGAAAUGAUACGGCUAGCAAAAACAAGAAUGGUUGAGGAAUUUGUACAUAAUUGGGAUAUUGAACUCAACCAAAGAAAGUUGUUAGAGACACUUCACACCGUCUAUCUUGGGGAAGAUAUGAAGAAUAUUGAUCUGAAUGGAAUAUAUUUUAGAGCUCCCAAUGGACCUCAAGCAAAACUAGCUCAAAAGUUUGGGAAGAUUAAGUUUUAUAGACUUAAGAGGUUUGACUAUAUUGAUCAUGAUUCUAAGAAGCAUGCUAAGUAUAUUUGAAGCAUUUUAAAGCAUUCUCUUGGUUCUUGAGAGCUUAAUCUUUUUCAUUUUAAUCUUGGCUUUGAAGAGAGAAGUAAAUUUCACCCUUACAAGAAUGCAGUUGCAAGAGUUGUUAGCCAAACCACUCAAAGAUUCUGGUUAAUAUCCUUGAAAUUAAGCAGCAAACAAUUCAGAGACACUUUAGUAUUUUCAAGAUUGAUUCAGAUAAAACUCUGCUUUAGAAUUUGAGAAAUCUCUCUCACCAAAGAUCCUAUAAACUUCAAAAACUCCCUUCAAGGUUCAAAAUUCAAAGAACUCGAAUUAUACGGCACUAAAGCUUAUACCCAAGACCCUACCUCCCCAUCUCCUCACCACAACAAAAAAGCCCUGUACGCCCUCAUCCGAUGAAUCCAAAAAUCCCGUUGCUCUCCUCACCUCCCUACUACUUCUCUAUCCAUUUCCAAUGCUGACAUCUAACCUCACCUCCAUCCAUACCCCACCAAAACCAU